AUGGCCAGAAUCAAGUCAAUUGAGUACUUCCGCGUUAAGCCUCGAUGGCUCUUCGUCAAGGUCACCGAUGAACAGGGCCGGGUCGGCUGGGGUGAGGGCACUUUAGAAGGCCAUACACAGGCUGUGGAGGGAGCUUUGGAUGAGCUCAUUGCAAGGCUAGUGGGCUAUGAAGCUGAUGAUAUUGAGCAUAUCUGGCAGACGGCUUGGCGACUGGGUUUCUACCGCGGUGGGCCUGUGUUUAUGUCGGCACUUUCCGGAAUAGAUAUUGCGCUUUGGGAUUUGAAGGGCCGUGUGCUUGGUGUACCAGUUUACCAACUGCUGGGCGGAAAAGUGAGGCAGAAGAUUCAGGUCUAUGCGUGGAUCGGAGGUGACCGGCCCAGUGAUGUGGAAGCCGCAGCGAAAGCGCGCAUCGCCCAAGGACUCAAGUGCGUCAAGAUGAACGCAACGGAAGAUGUCAACUGGCUAGAUUCACCCUCAGCUGUGGACUCUUGUGUUGAGCGAUUGAAGCAGGUCAAGGCAUUGGGCCUCGACGCAGGAUUAGAUUUCCACGGCCGACUACACAAGCCUAUGGCUAAGCAACUAGCGAAAGCAUUGGAGCCAUAUCGUCCGUUGUUCAUUGAGGAACCACUACUUUGCGAGCAUCCCGAAGCGCUCAAGCAACUCUCCGAUCUGACAACGAUCCCUAUUGCGUUCGGAGAACGAUUGUAUACGCGGUGGGAUGCGAAGAGGUUUCUGGAAGACGCGUCUGUAGAUGUCUUGCAGCCGGAUAUUGCGCAUGCCGGCGGUAUUUCAGAGACGAAGCGGAUCGCUACCAUGGCCGAGACGUACGAUGUGGCGAUCGCACCACAUUGUCCGUUGGGGCCCAUCGCGCUGGCGGCGUCUAUUCAGGUUGCUUUGUCUACGCCCAAUUUCGUUAUCCAGGAGAUGUCGUUAGGGAUGCAUUAUAACGUGGAAGCGGGGGAUAUUGACUUGAAUAGCUAUCUAGUGGAUAAGUCGGUCUUUGAUAUUAAUGAGGGAUAUGUGAAAGCACCGUCCGGUGUUGGGUUAGGGAUUGAGAUCGAUGAGGCCAUGGUCAGGAGAAUCAGUGCUGAGACGGAACCAUGGCUUCCAAAGGAGUUUUACGGUCCGGAUGGUGGCAUUCGAGAGUGGUGA